CUGUUUGGCAUGUGAAUGUUGAUGUCAUUCGGACAAUCUUCGGUCCAAAGAGGCUCUUUCUCGAUGGGAAAAUCAUCUGGCUGGCUGGCCCAAGGUCGGUCUACCGUAGCGUGCCGCGUGCGAUGCUGCCUGAUUGAUGAAAGAGAAAACAUAACAAUUACCUAAGAAACCAUCUCAAGUGACAGCGCACGAGUAGAAUAUAGCUCUAGUGAUGCACAGUUUUGGACUCGGAUGUCAGCAUUUCCACUGAGACCCCGAAAACACUUGGGUGCUUCGACGAUCCGCAGCCCCACAUCUGAGCUGCUUCCUGAAAAAAGUUCCGUCAACGAGAGCAACCACCCAAACUGUCGCAGUCGCUCCAAUCCUCGCCAGCCAACCAUGCCUGGACGGCCGUCCUCUCGCCUUCGCCAAGGCCUCGACAACGAAGUCUAUCAGGCUGUGACUCACUUGCUGCAAGAUUCCACAAACAGACCAGACGUGCGCAGUCUAUAUCAAGCCAUCCAGCGCUCCAACUCGAGUCUGAAACGCAAGCCGAAGCGAGCCCUCGAAGACAGUCUCGAGCGCAUUCUGGACACCUUGGAAGACGACGCUCAGGAAGACGAAGAGGCCGAAGCCGACAGACUCGCAAUCAAAGAAGAGGAACCAAACAUCAUGAAUAAGAGCAUUACUGGUUCGUGGAAGAUUGCCCCGGUCACUGCUCCGGGCACCCCUGCUGCCAACGGCACUACCACUACAGAGAUCAAAAGAAGGGAAGCAAAUGGGGAACCCGUCAAGAAGCGUAUCAAGCGUGAAAAGAACGACGAAAUCGACCGCUCUCCACCCACUGGCAUCGCUCUCGAGGACUUGGGUGGUGUCAACGAUGUCAAGCGUCAGCUCAUGAACCUCCUAACUCUCCCUCUUCUCCGCCCUCAACGCUAUGCCGAUCUCAACGUCCCUCUUCCUCGUGGUAUUCUUCUUCACGGCCCUCCUGGAUGUGGUAAAUCCAUGCUGGCAAGAGCAAGUGCUGCAAAACUCGGCGUUCCAUUCAUCGAGAUUGCCGGUCCGUCCGUCGUCUCAGGCAUGUCAGGAGAGUCCGAAAAGCAAAUCCGCGAUCGCUUUGACGAGGCUCGCAAACACGCUCCCUGCCUCAUCUUCAUCGACGAGAUCGACGUUAUCGCCCCAAAGCGUGAAAGCUCGCAGAGUCAGAUGGAGAAGCGUAUUGUUGCCCAACUCUUGAUCAGUAUGGACAGCUUGGCUCUCGACAACAAGGAAAACAACGGCAAGCCCGUGAUUGUGCUUGCAGCAACCAACAGACCCGAUACUAUCGAUUCUGCUCUACGACGAGGUGGUCGCUUCGAUACUGAAAUCAACAUGGGUGUGCCUAACGAGCCUAUGAGAGAGAAGAUCUUGCGCACUCAGACGAGAAAUACACCUAUCUCUGACGACGUUGACUUUCCUAGACUCGCAAAAAUGACGCCUGGUUUCGUGGGUGCCGAUCUGAGGGAUCUGGUGGGUAAAGCCGCUACUUGGGCCAUGGACCGAUACCAAGACGCCUUGAUUAGACAGGUGGAAGCAAUUGACGAAGACAUGGAGCUCGAUGAUAAUCAGGAGCCUAACGUCGAUGAACUCUGGGACCGCCUGGUCAUUCGCGCGAGAAAUACCGAGAUGGAAGAGCCCGAGGGCUUUGAAAAGACCAUCAUUCCCAUGGAAGCGUUCCUGACCGUACUACCUACCAUCACCCCCUCUUCCAAGCGUGAAGGUUUCGCGACGAUACCGGACACUACAUGGGAAGAUAUUGGUGCGCUCACAAGUGUUAGAGAGGAGCUUCAAACGGCCAUCGUAGAGCCUAUCAAAUCUCCAGAUUUGUAUGCUGCUGUCGGUAUCUCAGCACCUACUGGUGUAUUGCUCUGGGGUCCUCCUGGUUGUGGUAAGACAUUGCUUGCCAAGGCAGUCGCAGCCGAGUCUAAGGCCAAUUUCAUAAGCGUCAAGGGACCGGAGCUGCUCAACAAGUACGUCGGAGAAUCAGAGCGUGCAGUGCGUACGCUCUUCAACCGUGCUCGCUCCUCUGCACCUUGCGUCAUCUUCUUCGAUGAACUUGACGCGCUUGUGCCACGCCGUGAUGACUCGCUGUCAGAAGCUUCUGCACGUGUCGUCAACACCCUGCUUACAGAGCUGGACGGCCUGUCUCACCGUGCUGGUAUCUACGUUAUUGCAGCUACCAACAGGCCCGACAUCAUCGACGAGGCCAUGAUGCGCCCUGGUCGUCUCGAAACCAAGAUCUACGUCGGUCUUCCUGGCACGGAAGAGCGCGUGGAGAUCCUGAAGGCACUGAUCCAAUCCAGAGCCAAGGAUGGCAGAGCUGGUGUCUGGCCCGCAGGUAUCGAAGAAAUUGCUCGCAACGAGAAGUGCAAUGGUUACUCUGGUGCCGAUCUCGAGUCACUGCUGCGUCAAGCUGGCCAGCACUGCCUGAAGCGCAAGGACAACAAGGUUGCCUUGGUUGACUUCGAGUACGCUAUCAGUGUCGUGCAUAAGAGUGUCGGAAGCAUCGAGAAGUACGAGAAGCUGAAGAAGAAGUUCGCUAGUGGCUUCUAGGACUGUAUGAUGUACUCGAGUAGUUGAUUUUACGUAUACCCCAGUAGUGCUUUGAGAUUUCUCACUUCAAUGAUAGAAUGCUUACCUUUUCGAUAGCAAUUGCAGCAUCGCGCGUCU